AAAAAAGGAUGGAACGCAUAACUGUAGAAUAUUAUCGUGCCGGAAUGCCUUACUUACCUCCAGAAGCUAUUGAGGAAAUCAUUCAAUCUCGAGGGACAAUUAAAAAUGCAUGUAAAGAAAUGGUUGAUAAAUAUAGUACUUCAACGCGUCGAAUUUAUGAAAUCUGGAAAAGACAUGCUCAAGGAUUACCCCAGCGCAAGCAACAAAUGAUACAAAAUAAUAUUCCACCCAAAAUAAUAUCUAUACCUGAAAACGAUAGGCAGAGUAAAAAAAGAAAAUCUAAAUCUAUCUCUAAUAAUAUUCCUAAUAUGGGUAUAGUCGAACUAAUUGAGCGAGAAACAAAAAGAAAAGAUAAACUUUUAGCCAGUAGUAGUCAUAUAACAUCUGCCUAA